AUGCAAACACUUUCAGUAGUUGUAAUUGUAACUUUAGCUAUUAUUGCUAAUAUCAAUGGUGAUCAUGACAAAUUAGAAUACACAGUACUAUCAGCAUCCGGUGUUGAUAUUCAACAUGCUGAUAUUAUACCAAUGCCAAUUAUUAAUCCAGGAGAAGCUUUUCUUACAUUUAAAGCUCAUCUUAAACGACCCAUUCAAAAAAUUCGAGUAGUUCUCAAGAUUGUUCGUACAGUUGCUGGUAUUGCACUUCCAAUUAAAUGCUACAAAGUCGAUGGUGUAUUUGUUGGUUCAUGUGAUUACGAAGACUUAUGUCUUGUACUCAAAAGUUUAUUACCAUCAUUUAAACCUGAGACCUGUCCUUCUCCUAUGCUUCAAUAUAAUAUUGAUUGUAAUUGUCCAUUUAAUAUUCCUGUUGGACAAUUAGAUAUUAUAAAAGAAAGACUAGAAUUACCUGAUGCACACGCAAGUAUCGCUAAUUUCAUGGCUGUAGGAACCUUUUCUAUUCAAAUCGAUGCAUUUGAUUCUGGACCUUAUGCUUCAAUUAUCAUAAAAUUCACUGUUAAAGCAGCGAAAUCAUCUGGUUAA